CGCGCGCGUCUCUCACGCGCACCGUCCGCGCGUCGAUCGCGCCGCUCGCGCACACGUAGCACCCGCGCGAUGUCCACCACGCGCGAGAAGGCUGUCGCCGCGCGCGCGGCGUCUCGCCAGCUCCAGAAUCUGUCGUCCGACGAGCGCGCGGAGCUCCUGAACCGAAUCGCGGACGCGCUCGAGGCGAACGAGCCCGCCAUCCUGCGCGAGAACGAGCUCGACCUGAAGAAAGCCGCGGAGGACGGCACCGAGCCGGCGCUGAUGAACCGCCUGAAGAUGAAGCCCGGGAAGAUCGCGCAGCUCGCGGAGGGGGCGCGUCAGAUCGCGCGCAUGGAGGAACCCCUCGUGCGCCCGCUGUCGAAGAUGGAACUCGCGGACGGGCUGAUGCUCGAGCAGGUCACCGCGCCGCUCGGCGUGCUCUUGAUCAUCUUCGAGUCGCGCCCGGACGCGCUGCCGCAGAUCGCUGCGCUGUCGAUCCGGUCCGGGAACGGCCUCCUCCUCAAGGGCGGCAAGGAGGCGGCGAAGACGAACGCGAUCCUGCAUCGCGUCAUCGUGGAGUGCUUUCCGCAAUUCGGCGUCGCGAAAGAAGCGAUCGUCCUCGUCGAAGGCCGCGCGGAGAUCGCGGACAUCCUCAAGCUCAACGACGUCGUCGACCUCGUCAUCCCGCGCGGGAGCAACGACCUCGUGACGUACAUCCAAGACAACACGAAGAUCCCCGUGCUCGGGCACGCGGAUGGCGUGUGUCACGUGUACGUAGACCCGGACGCGGACAUCGACAUGGCGUGCAAGCUGUGCGUCGACAGCAAGUGCGACUACCCGGCCGCGUGCAACGCGCUGGAGACGCUUCUCGUGCACUCGUCGCAGCUCGGCGCGGGGGGGGGGUACGAGCGCGUCGCCGCCGCGCUCGACGCCGCGGGCGUGGAGAAGUUUGGCGGCGCGCGCGCGGCGAAAGAGCUCUCGCUGCCGCCGUGCCCGGCGCUUCGACACGAGUACGGCACCCUCGCGCUCACCGUGGAGAUCGUCGACUCCAUGGACGAGGCGAUCGAGUACAUCCACGCGAACGGGUCGUCGCACACGGACUGCAUCAUCACGAAGGAUAAGGCGCGCGCGGAGGAGUUUUUACGCAGGGUGGACUCCGCGUGCGUGUUCCACAACGCGUCCACUCGGUUCAGCGACGGGUUCCGGUUCGGUCUGGGCGCGGAGGUUGGCAUCUCCACGUCGCGCAUACACGCGCGCGGGCCCGUCGGCGUGGAAGGGUUGCUCACGACGAGGUGGCUGUUGCGAGGGAAAGGGCAGUACAGCGAUAAGGACACGGCGGUGACGUACACGCACAAGAAGAUUUCAAUCGGCGGCGCGUGGAUCAAACGCGCGGCGGAGGGGAUCACCGCGGCGGUCGGCGUCGUGAACGCGGUGAACAUCGGCCUCAUGAUUCUCGCGUGGAAGAAAGGGUCGGGGAAGAAGUGACGCGCGCGAGACGAGAGGGGGGCGCGGCGCGGCGACGGCGCCACCCGAGAGACGCGUCGAAAAAAAAAAAAAAUAAGAUUUUUCGUUCUCACUGUUAAAACACAAUUCACAUAAACAAUCGCACGCACGCGCGCUCAUCAGAUGUGCGCGAGCUCCUUCAGGUGGUUGAAGUUCUUACUCAGGAUCUCCCACGAGCUCGAAAUUCGAAAGUCGUACCCGUGCUCCUCCGCCCACUUCCGAAUCACCGGCCGCGCCUCGUGGUGUCGGUACCGCGGCAUCGUCGGGAACAGGUGAUGCACGAGCUGCGUGUCCAUCCCGCCCCACAGCCACGCCUCCAGGCCCUUCACGUCCGCCUCGCGCGUGGACCGGAACUGAAUGUCCACGAACUCGCCGCCCUGCUCGAACAUGAUCUCCUCGGUCUGGUGCGUCGCGGUGACCAGCGACCCGACGAGGAAGCCGCCGAUCAACACGGACGAGACGGCGACCUGCCACGGGAGACACAGGAAGAGCCACGCGUAGUGGAUCCCCAGCAGCGUCAGCUCCUUCUUGUCUCGUCUCGCGAUCGCGGACGCCAUCGAGUGCCGGCGCCACAGCGCGUACGUCGCGGCGUACAGCGGGUACCCGUACCAGUGCUGCCACUUUCGAAGCCCCGGGUUAUCGUUCCUUCCGGUGACUUUCGGGUCUUGGAGAUAGUACAACGGCUCGAGCUUGAUGUCCCCGUCCCGCCCGUCGAUGUUCGUGAACGAGUGGUGCAUGUUGUGCUUGUGCUGCCACCACUCCGUGCUGAACCCGUUCGUGAGGGAUCCGAACCCGCGCAUCAUCGUGCACCACUUCCCGCGGCCGUGGAUGUAAUCGUGCGCGAGCCACCCGGCUUGCUGCAUCCCGAGGCCCAACGACAGCGACGCGAGGAUCGGGUGCGUCCACGCGAGGAACCACCCGAGCGCGUACAGACCGAGCACCUGGCACAGGACGCUCGCUUCCUUGAGCGGAUCCCGCGCGAACCACCCCUCGUCCUCGAACUUCUUCCUCAGCGUCGCGAAGUUUGCGUCCGCGUUACCCGGCUUGGUCUCGAUCGUGUGGUUCGGAUUGCGCACGAUCGACGGCGCGGCAAUCUCGCGUCCUCCCUCCUCCUCCUCCUCCUCUUCCUCCUCCUCCUCCGGGCCGUCGCACCGCGGCAGCAUCGCGAGCCGCCGCGCCGCGAGGUCGUCGCCGUUCGGGCCGUACGAGUGCAACGCGUAGAAGACGUCCGUCGCGUCGCACCCGUCCAUGAGCGUGAUGAAGAGCGAUCCGCCGGGGUGCGCCUUCGCCCAGCCCGUGCAGUCGUACCACUCGCCGUCGAUCCUCAGUCGCAGCGCGCCCUUCGUCUUCUUCUUCUUCGCGGACGCGGCGUCCGAGGCGGGCGCGUCCGCGACCGCGGUCUCGAACGGGCUCAGGAACGCGGGAUGAGGCGUCAUCGGCGAUCGGCGACGGAGCGCGAUCGCUCGGCGACGCACCACGAUCCCGUCGUCGCGGGACGACGACGCGGAUCCGGGGACGGCGGGCGCGACGGCGGCGCGGCGCGGCGCGGAGGACGCGCCGCGCGAUGACGCGC